AUGGUGGACGGGGAGGUGGUGACCGUCACCCGCUGGCCCGAUGACGCACCAGGCACGCAGUUGCUGUCCAUCCGGGUGGAUAAGUCGGUGGACGACCUCUUCCUGCUAGCCUACGGGUCCAGCACCGACUUCACCACCCAGCUGCACGCGGCGGUGGGCAACCGGGAGGUGGUCGCCAGCGACUGGCGCACCAGCACCAACCAGCUGUCGACCAGCGCGGACACCAACACGCCGCCUGCGCUGGGCGCGCUGCGGCCUGGCUGGGUGCGCAGGGUCCGCUUCCUGGGCACCUCCAUGGGCUCCGCCUUCAAGACAGUGGAGUUGCAGCAGCUGGAGGAGGCGCGGCCGGGGGCGGCCUACCGUUUGGAGGUCUGCGUCAGCACCACCGCCACCUACGGCGACAAGUUCCGGCCCGUGCUGCGACACACGUUGGCCGCUGCGGGGCCGGGCGCCAGCGUCCUCACCAUCUCCGCCACCGUCGUAUUCGUGGGCAAGGUCAAUGGCUUCAUCAAGGGCAUGAUUGAGCGGGGCGCACGCGACGGCAUGGUGAAGAACUACGCGGCCUUCCGGAAGACGCUGCAGGGCUUUGCGACGUUUGGCUCGGAGCUCGUGGAGGCCACUGCCCCAUGGGCGCAGGCAGCGCAAGGCCUGCCGGGCCUGGCCACGCUGGGGUCGCCCGUUCUGCAGGGCGCGCUGUGCACGCUGUGCGCGCUGUCCCUGCUCCAGUUUGUCGUCCAGGUGCUGGCCUUCCUGCACCGCGCCAGCCGCGACCCGCAGGACACGGUCUCCGGUUUGGCGCACGUCGCCUUCAAGGUCAUCCCCGUCCCCGAGUCCAGCGGCCAUGUCCUGGCGGCCGCCGGCAUCCUGCUGGCGCCGGCGCCAGGCGGCACGCCAGCGCCGGCGCCCGUGGAGGCCGAGGGCCAGAGCGAGGGCGUCAAGUACGAGGGGUAUGCGGAGGCCAUAGCCAUAGCGCAGGGCCAGGCUUCCAGUCCUGCCGCCCUGCCACCUGCCCCCUUUGCCAACUCGACGCCAGACAAGGCCGUCCCGACCCCAGACGCCAGUCCCGCCAAGUCGGUGACAUCGACGGGCCCUGGCUCCGUCCCAGGGACACCUGGGACAAAUCCUGCCCCUCAAGCCAUCCUAGAAGGCCUGGAGCGGGGGGAGAGCGAGACGGAUGUGCUAGCGGAGCGGCUGAUGAGCCCCAGGGGCCGGGCCAGAGACCUACUGGGCCCCACCUCGCGCCAAGCGGGCGGCCAGGCCGUGAUGGAGGAGGUGUUUGAGAACGAGAGGCUCCAGCCCUUCCGAGGCUGGGGCCACACGUGGCCGGGCCACUUCCUCCCUACCGACCGUGUGAAUCGCUGGUCGCUGCGCGAGGUCCCGGGGAAGGCCCCUGGCUCCCCCGCCUUCCUCCCGCCCUUCCCUGUGAAUCCUGCACCCCGCCUGAAUACACCCGCCCAGGGCUGGCGCUGGCUGGAGUCCACCUGGCACCUGGACCUCUCCGGCCAGCUGGUGGAUGCGGUGGAUGCCGACGGCUGGGCGUACGGCCUGGACUUUGGGUGGCUGGUGUUCCCCUUUCCCGAGGGCGGCGGGCAGAAGAAGUACUCUGACUUCGUCAGGCGGCGACGCUGGAUCCGCAUGCGGGUUCCGGUGGAGGAGGGGCUGGGGGGGGACGCCGCGCCGGCGGAGGGGGACGAGGCGGUGCUCGCGGCCGAGCCGCGCGGCGCCUCCCUGCUGCUCCCGGGGUCCAGCGCUUCGGGCUGCGCGGGCCCGAUCCAAGACAGCGAGGGCCAGUGCAGGGCGCUGGCGGCCACCCUCGCGGCCGCGGCCGUCGCCGCAGCCCUGUCCCUGGCCGCAGGGGAGCGAGGGAGGGAACCCCUUGUGGAUGCCUGGCCACGUGAGGGGGACGGGGGCCACGUCGGCGUGGACCCUGGACCCAGCGAUCUGCAAGUCGGUGACGGUGAGACCCCAGGCGGCGCGCAUGAGGAGGGGAGGACUGAGUCGGCUGCCGAGCCGGCAGCGGCCUCUGCCGGGCUGGACGAGGGGACGGCCGGCGAGGAUGCCGCCUCGGUGGUGUCUCCGGCCAGCUCUGAUGGGACUGAAGGGGGCUCAGUGGCCCCUGACACCGGACAUCUCAUGCUCUAG